UUAAUCUUUACAGAGAGAAGCUUUUGCGCUGUACUCGAUGUAAACACCAGAAGUACUGUAAUAUAUUUUGCCAGAAAUCUGCAUGGGAUUUACACAAAGCAGAAUGUAAAAAACUCCCCAAGUUGGCGACAGAAAAUUUCAAACUGGUAGAAGAAGAUGUUUUAUUUUUUACUAGGCUUCUCAUAAAAGUUCAGCGAGAGAAGAAACAAGGUCGGCAACAAGAAGAUAGGACUGAUGAGUUUCCGCAAAGCAUCAACGACCUGAUAGACCAUUAUGAACACUGGGAGCCAGGAUACGAAGUAGCUGCCGAAAUGAAACGUUUGAUAGUGCAAUAUUUUCUUGAAGAGAAUAUAAAUAAACAAGAAUUCUAUCUGCUCUGUAGUCGAGUUAAUUCUAACGCCUUUAAUAUCACUGGGCCUGUAAGAGAGGAACUUGGACCAGGACUUUAUCUCAAAGCAUCUUUAAUCAACAAUAGUUGUGAUUACAAUUCAACUGCUGUAUAUGUUGGAACAACUCUUCACAUGCGCGCAACGAAGACGAUCAUGAAAGGAGACGAGUUCACUGUACCAUACGUAGAUGUUCUUCAACCAACUUUUAUUCGACAAAAAAUACUUCGACAGGAAUAUUUCUUUAACUGCAAAUGUGCUAGAUGUGAGAAUAAAGAACUUGAUGCACAAGUACAAAGUAUCCUCUGUGAAAAAUGUAGUAGUCAGGUGCUCAGAAAAGGUGAUAAGUUAUUUGUUGAAUGUAGAACCUGUCUUCAACUGCCGUCUCAGAAGCAUGUGUCUGCCGUGUUGGCUAUUGAGGCUGAGAGCGAAUCAUUUCUAAAAGUUCGAAAAGCUAGGCUAGAUACAAGCGAUGAAGCUAAUUUUAAAAAAGCUUUGAAAAUAGUCAAAAGGCAACACGACGUUUUACAUCCAUUACAUUACCUCCGUGUUAGAAUGUCUAACGAAGUGUACUAUAUUGGUUGCAGUCUAAAGAGAUACCAUAGGAUUUUGCCUUUUCUUGAGGAAGUUAAAUCAACUUUCGAAAUCCUUUAUCCUGCUAAAGACCCGUUGGUUGGUAUAUAUUGUGGAAGACUGGCAACAAUGUACUUGUAUACUGGAAGGAUAGUUGAAGCUUGCAGUUCCUUUGCUCAGACGCUUGAAAUUCUCAAGAUUACCUAUGGAGAAAGUCACUUCCUGUACAAGAAAGCGAGUGAUGACCAUAAUUGCUGUGUUAAUUUACUAAGAGAAAUGGCUUAGUGGUUUUGUGGAGCUCAUUGGUAGAAAUUUCGAAGAACGAAAACCUAUUCAACAUCAGAAAACGUCUCUAUUUCAUACAUCACGAUUGUCAGCACAUACAUUUAAGAACCAUAGAUAGGAUGGAAAAAACUGGAUGUUUCAUCCGUCUUUUUUAAAUUCAAUUCAAUUCUUUUUAUUGCUUCGAAAGCCAUCAUGGGCUAAUCCGCUAAAACAUGCACAUGAUCACAAACAAUUUACGAAGUUCACAUUUACGAACGCAUUGAUAUGUAUACAAUUUGGAAGAACAACAACAAAAAAAUGUACAGGUCGAGGAGCAGUUUGACAGUGGACGGGUUAAUCAGAGAUGGGUCAAUAGAAAUGAAAUAUUCAAGUUUCAAGGAGUAGGAAGAAAAGAUGAAGCAAAACAAGAAGUUCGUCGACAUGCGAUAGGUAGGAAUGUAGAGUCUCUAGAGUGGCGAAAAGAUGUAGAGCAAUGGCGGCGGGAUGGAAGUGAGGUGUUAAGAGGGUAAAUUCCAUUUUCACAAUUUUCCCAAGGUUGCAGAGAAGAUGGUACUUAAUUCUGUUUUCAAAAAGGGAUGUUAAAUUCUUUUAAUAUUGAAGGAUAGGUGGAAUGUGUAGCGUUUUCGGAAAGCAGAUUGCACAAAAAUGUAUUCGAUACGUUUGAAAAAUGACAUUUCACAUUUGGGGAGUAGACCAUAAAUGCAGCAGACGUAUUCCAUAACUGGAAGAAUGUGGCACUUAUAAAAUAGAAAGAUUAGAGAUUGACGGUCGAGAGAAUUUUUUAACUACUUUAAUAUGACUUUUCGGAGACAUGACUAUGUUGCUGUAAUAGAAUACCAACGCUAAUAGUUGAUCAGUCCUUUCUUCCAAUGUUUUGGUGGGCCUAUAGGCCUAUGUAUGCGUAAACUUAUGUUAUGAUAUGCUUUUAUGAGUAUAUUACACACAAAAUACAAUUGCUACCGUUUGUUACUCGACGAAUGAGUUUAUGUCUCAACACUGUUGAAUAGAAUAUAUUGCAUUUAUUGUCCUUAUAAAGAAACACUGAACUCUUGUAGGUGUAUUGUUGAAGAUUUUAUAUAGGGCCUAUUGCAAUUUUAGCUUUAACAAAUUUACUUUUUCCGCUCUUUUGGGUUUAUGGUCGAUCUAAUUAGUAUCUUGUAGCUUAAAUUGUUUUCUUGAAAUAUAUAACUAUAAAAAAAACGACAAAAUUGGUAUACUACGUCCUCGGAUAUACAUAGGCCUGCUUAAUAUAUGCAAAAAAGUAAUAUACCUAGUCAAACAUUGAAUAAAAAACAACCAUUUUAUCAACUUCAAAGAAGGUUACAACAGGUUAUAACAGUACAUAAUAUCAUAGGCCUAUUUAUUAUGGUAGGCCUAACAUCUAGCUCUGUGUACCAAUACAAUGUGGUAAAAAGUGUUUAACCUAAAUACCGUAUACUCAGGUAAGGCGUAUUAAAAACGAUCCUUUUACACACAAGAUAAAAUUACAAACUCUAUAUCUGCAAUCGCAGGGCAGUGAUAGUUCAUUUUGGCAAUCCUCUCCCUUUUAUUUUGUGUUUGUAAGUUUUAUUGCUCCUUGGAGUAAAUAAAUGAUAUGAAAUGAAAA